CCGCCGCCGCCCGGGGUUCGGGGCCCAGCAGCGGGGCCCCGGGGCGCCGCGUCCCGCCCGUCUGCCCUGCUGCCGCCCUCACCUGCGCCCGGGUCCGCUGGCCUUCAAGGCCGGGACUCCAGCCCGGACGGAGAGGGGACGGCCAGGGAGCGCGAGCACCUGAGGAUAGGAGCUGGCCCUGGACUGCCUUUUCACCCCCAGGUGAUGAGUGAGGUCGGGAGAACGGAAGAUUUUAAAAGCCACCGGGGCCUCCGUAUUGAAUGAAAGACCCAGUGCAAAGGCAUCACCAUGAACACGAGCAUUCCUUAUCAGCAGAAUCCCUACAAUCCCCGGGGCAGCUCCAGUGUCAUCCAGUGCUACCGCUGCGGAGACACCUGCAAAGGGGAAGUGGUUCGUGUGCACAACAACCACUUCCACAUCAGAUGCUUCACCUGCCAAGUGUGUGGCUGUGGCCUGGCCCAGUCAGGCUUCUUCUUCAAGAACCAGGAAUACAUCUGCACCCAGGACUACCAGCAGCUCUAUGGCACCCGCUGUGACAGUUGCCGGGACUUCAUCACAGGCGAGGUCAUCUCCGCCCUGGGCCGCACCUACCACCCCAAGUGCUUUGUGUGCAGCCUGUGCAGGAAGCCUUUCCCCAUUGGAGACAAGGUGACCUUCAGCGGUAAAGAAUGUGUGUGCCAGACCUGCUCCCAGUCCAUGACCAGCAGCAAGCCCAUCAAGAUCCGUGGACCAAGCCACUGUGCUGGGUGCAAGGAGGAGAUCAAGCAUGGCCAGUCGCUCCUGGCCCUGGACAAGCAGUGGCACGUCAGCUGCUUCAAGUGCCAGACCUGCAGCGUCAUCCUCACCGGGGAGUACAUCAGCAAGGAUGGCGUUCCAUAUUGUGAAUCUGACUACCACUCCCAGUUUGGCAUUAAAUGUGAGACGUGUGACAGAUACAUCAGUGGCAGAGUCUUGGAGGCAGGAGGCAAGCACUACCAUCCCACCUGUGCCAGGUGUGUGCGCUGCCACCAGAUGUUCACCGAAGGAGAGGAGAUGUACCUCACAGGUUCUGAGGUUUGGCACCCCAUCUGCAAGCAGGCAGCCCGAGCAGAAAAAAAAUUAAAGCAUAGACGGACAUCUGAAACUUCCAUCUCACCUCCUGGGUCCAGCAUCGGUUCACCCAACCGAGUCAUCUGCGCCAAAGUGGAUAAUGAGAUCCUUAAUUACAAAGACCUGGCGGCUCUUCCCAAGGUUAAGUCCAUCUACGAGGUACAACGCCCUGACCUCAUUUCCUACGAGCCUCAUUCCCGAUACACGUCCGACGAGAUGCUGGAGAGAUGUGGCUAUGGAGAGUCGCUGGGAACAUUAUCUCCCUACUCACAGGACAUCUAUGAGAACCUGGACCUCCGACAGAGACGGGCUUCCAGCCCGGGAUACAUUGACUCUCCCACCUACCGGCAGGGCAUGUCUCCCACCUUUUCCCGCUCACCUCACCACUACUACCGCUCAGCUGGAGAAAGUAACAUCUACCGGAAACCCCCGAUCUACAAACGGCAUGGUGAUUUGUCAACAGCAACCAAGAGCAAAACAAGUGAAGACAUCAGCCAGGCCUCCAAGUACAGUCCAGCCUACUCGCCAGACCCCUACUAUGCUGCGGAGUCUGAGUACUGGACCUAUCAUGGGUCUCCCAAAGUGCCCCGAGCCAGAAGGUUCUCAUCGGGAGGAGAGGAAGACGACUUUGACCGCAGCAUGCACAAGCUUCAGAGUGGAAUUGGCCGGUUGAUUCUGAAGGAGGAGAUGAAAGCCCGGUCAAGCUCCUACGUGGAUCCCUGGACCCCUCCCCGGAGCUCCACCAGUAGCCGCGAGGCACUGCACACAGCAGGCUAUGAUAUGUCCCUCAAUGGCUCCCCUCGUUCGCACUACCUGGCUGACAGCGAUCCCCUCAUCUCCAAAUCUGCCUCCCUGCCUGCCUACAGAAGAAAUGGGCUGCACAGGACCCCCAGCGCAGACCUCUUCCACUAUGACAGCAUGAACGCAGUCAACUGGGGCAUGCGAGAGUACAAGAUCUACCCUUAUGAACUGCUGCUGGUGACCACAAGAGGAAGAAACCAACUGCCCAAGGAUGUAGACCGGACCCGCUUAGAACGCCACCUGUCCCAGGAAGAAUUCUACCAGGUCUUUGGCAUGACCAUCUCGGAGUUUGAGCGGCUAGCCCUGUGGAAAAGGAAUGAACUGAAGAAGCAAGCGCGGCUGUUCUAGGCAGAGGCUAUACAUAUAGAUGCAUUUAUAUAAAGAUGUAUGUAAAAUCUCUAUCCUGAAGCGCGGUAUAAUCCUCUUGUGUAACAGGAUACACUGCCUGCCAUGAGACUUGCUUUUCUGUACUGUCAGGCAAGCCUACGUCAUCAAAGUAUUUUUUAUGCUCCUUCUCUUUUCUAAGUGCUGUGGGAUCUGGGAAGGGAUUUGAGGGGACUCUGCUUUUCCUGGGGGUCCUUUUUAUACUGAAACAUCUGUCCUGACUUGAGUCCCCCGAGGUCCAACUCUUUCCCUCAAAAGGUGCCUGGAGAGGUCUCUACUCUCUGCUUCUUGGCCCUUGUCCAGGUCUCCAGGCCUGAUGCUGACCACACAGUUUCUGUACACUAUUGGCCCCAGAGGGGCCUCCACGGGCAGAUGCACGGCGCUCUGCCCAAGUCACUGAGCACCUUUGAGGGUUCAUGAAUAAUUUUCUCUACAGCCCCAAUCAGGAGCUCAGGGCUCCCAAGGGGUGAUGCAGUUAGAAGUAUAAGCCUCAAAUCCAUUCAUCACCCAGUAGAUGGAAGUGGAUAGGGCCGUGGCCUCUCCUUAGCUCAUCAGCUCUCCCCCUUCCACCCUUGAUCCUGACCUUUCCCAUAUCCAGAUCUAGAAUUCGUGGUAGGAAAAAGAAAAAAGACACUUCCCUCCCCUCCACCACCUCUAGCUGGCCCCUUUGCCAGGCUUGGACUUGGAGAAGCAGAGAAGAGAGGAGCUGGGAAUGAGGGGACACCAAGCACCUGGUAGAGGUGGAUCUGCAGGACCUACAGGACCUCCCCUUGCCCUCACUGCUUCCCCCCUUCUGGCCUGCCCCCUCUCUUGGAGAGGCCCAUGACUGCAGCCUGUAAGCUUCAGCCUUAUUACAGUCUAUGUGCCUGAUGAUCUACACACCACAGGGCUAAUGUUCCCACAACAGCUCCAACGAAACAACCAGAUAGACAACUCUCACCUCUGCUUCAGGUUAGGCCACACCCCAAAGAAAAUUCUUGGCCUAUACCAUGGUUUCUGGGCUGGCAGGACAACCAUAUUCCAUGAGCCCCCUCCAAUCCCCAACGUGAAGCUGGCUAGGUCUCAUGGGGGAAGCUUUCAGAGAGUGGCUGCUUACGAGAUUCCAAAAGGAGUCACUGGCCAGCAUUGCUCAGGGUCAUCCUGACCUGUGCCAGUGGCUGCUGUUCUUGCCUUUCAGAACUGGCAUGAAAGCUUACAACCUUCCUGUCCUCUCCCUACACUGUCACCUCUGAGAUAGCAAUGUUUGGUGGAAGCUGUUCCUUCUUGACAGACUCUCAAAUUAGACCAUUCUGAGAUCACAGAAGAGGGUAAACGAGUAGAAGUAACAACUGUGAUUCUCUAGGGCUGGAGAUGGGACCAGGCAGAUGUAGAAGUGACUUCUGCAAACCCUCACUGAGCACCUGCUGAUGCUGAGCACCUGCUGAAUACUGAGCACCGACGGGGGAGGGGACACUGGGGUAAAUCCACAAGAGCCCGGGUCUCGGGGGCAUCAUAAGGCAUGUACCCAAACAUGAUCGAUGGAAGGCAGAAAGUGACAGGGGAAGGUGUGAGGGAGUUCUGUGACAUGACCAAAAAGUUGUGUGUUGUUGGUGCAGACCAAGGAAAGCUCUCUGGAAGAGAUUGCACUGGAAUGAAAUCAGGAAGAUCUGUGUAAACUGGGAGGAAACUGAAAGCUGAAAGAAUGAUAAAGUGGAGGAACUAGAAGCCUGAUGUGCUCUCAUUUAGAACAUCAAGCCUCCCUGCAAAUCCUCACUCAUGGCCAAUGUCUUUCAACUUUCCUGACCCUUUAGAAAUGUCCCCAGCCAGAUGCUAUUGUUGAAACUGCCUCAUGAUAACUGGUUAACAACUUGCGAGAUCGAAGGGCUUUUGUUAUUGUUGUUGAAUAUUUUUUGUUUCCCAUAAAGCACAUCAUUUCAACCCAAA